AUGGCUUGUCUAAGGGGAGCACGAUACGCCCUCGCGCCCCGGUGGCACCAGCCUUUGGGCUACUCAGUCAACCCACUCCACACAUCUCUUCGACCAUGUCUAGCAGGCAGUGCCCAGCGCUUCACUCAACCAAGACUCAGCUCUAGAAAUUUUCAUAUAAGCGCAUUUGCAGACGGUUGUGUUCAGUCUGUUCAAAAUGCCCUGCUUCACAUGCAUAUCGAGGGCAUACCGUGGCAUCUUGCUAUACCCAUGUUGGCUGUUUCCGUUGCCUUGGUGCGAUUCCCUUUGCAAGCUUAUUCGGGAAAAGUAAUCGAACGCCAAUCUGAAGCUGCUCCUGUCAUCAAUUCCUGGCGGUACGUUGUAAGCUUGGGCAAGCUUCAAAAAGCCCUUCGCCUGGCCCGGGAGAGAAAACGGAUUCUGGCAGAGCGAAAGGCCCAGGAUUGGAAGACGUGGACACCGAUGUUGGGUGUCCCGUUUUGGCUUGUCAAUUCAGAGGCCAUUCGACGGCUUUGUGGCGCCAACGGUGGCAUCUUUUCCUUGUUGACUGGAAACUACAAGGAAACAACUGUCUCUGAUCAGACAGCGGCAUCAUCUUCAGCGGUCGAUGCUGUAGCCAACGGAGUCCAAUCUGUGGGUCCAAGUUUGGACCUAGGUGUGUACAAUGACGCAGGACAGUUACUGUUGGACCUCGCCGCGCCUGAUCCUUAUUUUAUCUUGCCGGCCACCCUCUGUUUUACUAUGGCCUACACAUUCUGGCCACGCACUCCAGAGAUGCGUAAGCUGGUCUUUGAUCUUGCUGAUUCCAAUACGGCAUUUCUCCCCACCUCUACCAAAUGGAGGGUUCGCCUUUCUAGAGCUACGCUUCUCAUGUCUUUCGCAAUACCGGUCAUCUGCAUCCAGCUGCCCUCGGGGCUGUUCUUGUAUUGGAUUACUUCGAUGUGGGCAACGCAAGGACUCAACAAGUUGACUACGCCUGAAAAGAAGAUAAAAGAGAACGCCAUCAGACCUUGCAGGAAACACGAGGAGUGGAUCUUGCGCCGGACAGUUUGA